AUGGUAUCUCACGACUUCAUUUCGCGGCUCCCGCCCGCGGCAGCACUCAUGUUGCUUUCGAGUGUCUUCACCCUCACCGAUGCGUCUUUGGUCAUACCUCAGAAGACGGACAACGCUCAGGAGCACAUCGCUUUCCGCACACUAGACGUUCUCAACUGGCCUCUGGCUACACCCAUGCCAUGGCUCGGCAACCUUGGGAGGAGACAAGAUUCUGGCACCAACACCGUCUGCGGUUAUCUCGGCGGCGACCCGAACUUCCCAGCAACAUGUUCCGCCGGAUCUCAUUGUGCCAUGGAUGCCAGCGCCUCUGCUGUUGGCUGCUGCCCGAAUGGCGUUGCUUGCACAACAGGUGUUUACACUAGCUGUGUAGACAACAGCAGUCCGACUCAAACAGCCUCCGAUCCGUAUAUCUUCACAUGCCAGGGCUCGAACGUAUGCUUCAAGAACACCUUUGACGGAGGAGCCUACCAAUACGGUUGCGGUACGACGAGUGAGGGUACCAGUGUUGCCGCUACUGCUUCGGGGUUGAGCACGACGGUGUCCAUCACUCACAUCUCAGGCCUUAUCACGAAAGCGGUGACAUCGUCGAGCUCUAGCUCAUCGUCAUCGUCCUCAAGCUCCUCGAGCUCCAGAUCUUCAUCAUCAAGCUCAUCCACUUCGUCUGCCUCUUCAAGCCGUACACCAAGUGCCACCCCAUCGAGACCGGCAGGAGGCGGUGGCCCUCCGCCGCCACCUCCGCAAUCCGUACAAGACGAGAGACUCCGACGCAACGGCGCCAUCAUCGGCGGAACCAUUGCCGGCGCGGCUCUUUUCGUCGGCCUUGUUUCGUUGGCUCUCUGGAUGCGCAAGCGCAAGCGCGCAGGAAACCAGCGUCUGGGUCCUGGCCAGGGCAAGGCUCCCUCUUAUAUCAGCCCCGUAACGAACCAGAAGGACUUUGUUGCCGUUCCCGGUGGUGAAAUGUUUGAUCAGGCGGGCUACGGACACCCUUCCAUGAUGCCCGGUGCCCACGGUAAUACCACGUCCAUCACGGGAGGUAACGCUGUUAGCGGAGGCUUCGUCCCAGGCGGCGCUGUAGGUGGCGCCGUCGCGUCCGGCGCUACUCGAUCUGGGGACGACGAGGUGCCCUUGACGCAGCAUACCGAGAUGACAGAGUUCUCACGCGGCUUCAACCACGCCAUUGCUCGGGUUGACGGGGACGAGGCACGCCAGGGAAGCGCGGGCGGAAACAGCACCGCGACUGGAACGACUGAGGCGACAGGGAAUGAGUCCGGCGCCGGCGCCGGUGGGAACUCUGACGCAGCUGACGCGCCGUUGUGGCAGCAGAACCGGAGGCAGAGCCGGAAUCUGAUGUGGAUGUAA